AAUAGAUUGUGAGAUGCAGGCUUCAGAAGAGGCUGAGAUUGAAACAAGGUCAAUGAUCAGAUGGGCAACAGCACAUACUUUUCAUCCUUGGAGGAGGCAAAUAAAUCCAGUAGAAAUUGGCUCCAAGCAAUUGAACAACUUCAUCUUCUGAGAGUUCAGGUAAAAGAGGAGCUCGAAGAAACAAUCCUAUUAGAUGGAUGCAUGCAAAUGGAGAAGACACAUGCAUGUUUACCUUCCCAAGUGUGCUUUGGGUUUGUCUUGCAGAAAUCCUCCAAGGGAUCACCACUUCCUGCAGCAGGCAUGCCGGGCCACUUGUUUGCUACAAGAUGUGCCAAAUCAACAACCCUUUGGCUGCAAUUAUCCAUCAUAUUAUUGUUAAUAACUAGCCACCACCUUAAUCAUGUCAUCUCCCAUUACCGUGGUUAGUGAAGAGUCAAUGGUAGAAGAAACAUCACUGCACCUGAAGUCCACUGACAUGAGGAACAUCACAGACGGCCAAUUUGCCAAUCAAUGGCUCCUCAGCUGCCUUUUUAAAAGCAGCAUUGACACACUCAGCUGUAAACCCCCCCUUCUUAACAUUCACAACGAGGUCAACAACUGAAACAUUUGGUGUUGGUACACAGAGUGCAAUACCGUUGAGCUUGCCCAUUAGCUGGGGUAGCACAAGAGAGACAGCCUUGGCUGCAUUGGUACUCAUUGGGACUAUGUUUAAUGCUGCAGCCCUAGCUCUCCUCAAGUCAGGUGUGAAGCAUCCAAGAGCCUCUGCAUGAUCACAAGCAGCAAUUUGGUCUUCUUUUUUCAAAUAGAUCUCCAACUUUUCUAUUGGAAUUCAUUUGGAAUUCAAAGUUCUUUAAAUUAGCUUAAGCUCUACAUCCAAGUAGUAUUUUGGGAAGUGCAAGUACCUGGUCUCCAGUGUAUGAAUGGGUGGUUGUCAUUGUUCCCUUGACAAUUCCUGCACAGUUUCAAACUCUCAAUGAAGUCAAGGAAAGUUCAUAACUGUGGUUAUAUGAAAUUUGCCUGAACCGAAUGGGUUUACAUCAGAUUGAAUGUGAAGAAGUGCUUACCCAAUUCUUUAUCCAUGACUUUUACAGAAGAAGCCAAACGAUUUGUGGUGCAAGAGGCAUUACCGCAUUGACCGAAAUUGAUCCACCUAUAAAUUACAGCAUCAAGA